AUGCGAUCUCAUACGUCUACAUUAAUUUUAAAUGGAAAUAUUUCUCCAUUAUGCAAUUAUGAUAAAAACACACAUGUUCUAAAUAAUACUUGUCCUUUUGACUCCGUUAUAGUUGGUAUUGCAGUUGCAUAUGUAGAUUAUGAACAAUAUGCUUCUUUCAUCGAUGGGUCAAAAAAUGAGUACUUAAAUUUAGCAAAAGAUCUUGGUCGUCAUGGCUCAUCGAAAUUAUCAUACACAAGAAGAUUGAUAUUAUUGAUGCCAUAUUUCGAUAUAUCUACAUCUAUUCCCUCUGUGUAUACUCUUAAUACUGAAUGUAAUGUCUUGAAAGUCAUCCAAGAUUAUAUGAAAAAUGAUCCUAACUGUACUCAGACUAUACUAUGUUCAAAUAAAAACUGUCCUGAAAAAGAUAGAAUAAGACAUUCAGCUUCAAUAAUAAUAAAUGACUUAAACAAAAUACUUGAAAAAGGGUUUUCAUGUCUAAAUAUGUUAUUAGAAAAUUAUUUAAAAUCAGAAAGAACACCAUGCAUUUAUAAACAUUGUGACGGCAUAUUAAAGAAAGAAAAGAAGCUCGGAAGCCACAUUUUUAUUGAAACUGAUCAAUUAUCAAUAGACUCAUCCACAUUUUCGUGUCUUUUAAACCAAAUUCCAGUGAACAUAAAUCUAAACAAUGAGAAGUAA